CAAUUACAACACCCUCGCGGUGACAAGGCCCAACUCAUACGCAAAUUCCUUUAAACCUCUAGAGCCUCUAAAACCUCUCACACGCAAAUUCGUCACUCAAAUUCGUCACUCAUACGCAAAUUCCAGCUCGAAUUGCAGAAGCUCGUUCAGGACAUAAAAGAGUGUGUAGCUUGCAAAUUGACUGUAAAACUUGUUGUAACAAAUGGCAUGUAGAGCAAUGGAUUUAGCAGUGACAAUUCCUCUAGGAACUUACGCUCCAAAUACUCGGAAAAUUCGGUUCUUCAAUGUCAAGUGUUCGGUAUCUCUAGCCGAUAAUGCUACCACUACAGGUCUUGGAGGCAGACCGUGGAAGGUAUCGGAUGCUAGACUUGUGCUUGAGGAUGGUUCCAUUUGGAGGGCUAAGUCAUUCGGUGCGGCUGGGACACAAGUUGGUGAAGUGGUCUUCAAUACAUCGUUGACAGGAUAUCAGGAAAUUUUGACUGACCCUAGUUAUGCUGGCCAGUUUGUAUUGAUGACAAACCCUCAUAUAGGGAACACUGGUGUAAAUCUUGAUGAUGAAGAAUCAAGGCAAUGCUUUCUAGGUGGUCUGGUGAUUAGAAGCUUAAGCAUUAGCACUUCAAACUGGAGAUGUGCUGAGACGCUUGGAGAUUAUUUAGCCAAGAGGAACAUCAUGGGUAUAUAUGAUGUUGACACUCGUGCUAUCACCCGUAGAUUGAGGGAAGAUGGGAGCCUUAUUGGCGUUUUGAGCACAGAAGAAUCAAAAUCAGACAAGCAGCUCUUAGAAAUGGCUCGUUCCUGGGACAUUGUUGGUGUUGAUUUGAUAAGUGGUGUUACAUGUCAAGCUCCUUACGAGUGGGUAAAUAAAACUGAGAAUGAGUGGGAAUUUAAUUCGAACGGGAGACCUGGGGAAACUUUCAAGGUGGUCGCCUAUGAUUUUGGUAUCAAGCAAAACAUUUUGAGGCGUCUGGCAUCAUAUGGAUGUGAGAUUACUGUUGUUCCAUCAACAUGGCCAGCAUCAGAAACCCUGAAAAUGCAACCAGAUGGCAUUCUCUUCAGCAAUGGUCCAGGGGAUCCCUCAGCAGUUCCAUAUGCUGUUGAUACAGUCAAGGAAUUGAUUGGACAGAUCCCAAUUUUUGGAAUUUGUAUGGGCCACCAGUUGCUUGGCCAAGCAUUGGGUGGUAAUACUUUCAAAAUGAAGUUUGGUCAUCAUGGAGGAAAUCAUCCUGUUCGUAACCUGAGAAAUGGUCAGGUUGAAAUUAGUUCACAGAACCACAACUAUGCAGUAGACCCUGCAUCACUUCCUGAGGGAGUUGAAGUGACGCACAUCAAUCUUAAUGACGAGAGCUGUGCAGGUCUUGCAUUUCCAUCAAAGAAUAUUAUGUCUCUACAAUAUCACCCUGAGGCAUCUCCAGGACCUCAUGAUUCAGAUCCUGUUUUUGGAGAUUUUGUCGACAUGAUGAGGCGAGUGAAAGGAAAUGCUUAAGAUAGUUAGAUUAGUGCUAAUGGUGGACAAGGUUACAAGUCCACACAUCUUCGCAACUUGAAGCAAUUUCCAUCAAUGUCCUUUAAAUAUUGCUCCUUUGUAGUCUUGUUUUGUGGAGUAUGAAUUGUUUUGAUGUAGAGUAAAUGUAUGAUACUUGUAUUUGUCCUUAUUUUUUGUCUUCUUUGUAAGCUCAAUUUGAAAUGUAAAAGAUUAAAUGCAAAUCAUAUCUUUGAAUGCAAGCCGAUGAAAUCAAUUGAAAAUUCA